AUGAUGAAAGGUGUCGAAACUUCGUGUUUUACCCGAAACAACAAAGGGUGUGAGAGAUGCAAUUCUGGUUAUUAUAACAUUAACAGUGAAUGUGAAAUGUGUUCGAAUCACUGUGAUAAUUGUUAUAAUACGACUUAUUGCUUAACAUGCGAUCCACAGUAUUACUUGUCAUCAACCUUUACAUGUGAACCACUUGGCGACUUGUUUACAAAAUGUGAAUUGACACUGCCAACGGGUGGUGGAUGUGCAAUUUGCAAAGACCACCAUUACAAACAAAAAACAGACUGCAUUGCCUGUGAUGAGUCGUGUGGUACUUGUGUGGAUGGUGUUUCUUGUUUGAGUUGUCAAAAUGAAUAUUUCAAACUUACUGGCAGUGAAAGUAAAUUGUGUGUAUCAUAUGACAACUUGACUAAUUACGAAACUAAAACGCCAAUUGGGUGUCUGAAAUGCGAGAAUGGAUAUUACUUGGAUAAUAACAUUUGCAAAACUUGUUCUGAAAACUGCAUCUCAUGUAACAACUAUCAAAACUGUAAAAAUUGUGUUGGAAAGGAUUAUGUGUUGGUUGACUCGCAGUGUGUGAAUUACAAAAAUGUUGAGUUUUGUUUGUCUGCAAACAAUUCAAAGUGCACAAAAUGUGAUGGAUUUCACAAACCAAGUGAUGUUGGUGAUUAUUGCGUCAAAGAGACAAAUUAUGGGUUGGUUGUUGGUGUGCCAUUAUCAGUAACUGUUGUGAUCAUAGUGUUUAUUGUUGCAAUAAUACUAAUUGUGAUAUCAAUGAUACAAAAAAGAAAACAAAAAAAGAAAGAUCAGAACAUUUGCAACUUCAAAAUGAGUCGGUCAAACAUUGAGAUGGUCGAAUUAAGUGCUAAUUUAGUGUCAAACAAGACAACACUAAAUUUGAUUUGGAUAACAAUGACCCACUUAAGAUCGACAUCGAGACAAGAGAUUUGA